AUGUUGUUUCUAUUCCUCCCGCCGGGCACACAGCGUAUGUUAAUGGUCAGAGGGAAGGCAAAGUAAUGGAGAAGCCCUUCUACAUGGGAGACAGCAUUGCAAGGGAGAAACUCUCUCCAGAUACCCCACCAGCAUCCCUCCCAGUACUGGAUUUUGAAGCUGAGCUUAAGUUGGCUUCAGAUUCUAAGGAGGCUUGCGAUGAGAGCACAGUGGCCCAGAAGAUGAAAGAACUGGGUUUAGAGAGGGCACAGCUCUAUGGAUGGCAAGACACUUAUGUCUUCACCAAAGCCAUGGGUGAGAUGUUGUUAAACAGCAUGAGAGGAGACAUACCGGUGGUCAUCAUGCGUCCAAGCGUCAUUGAGAGCACCCUGAGGGAGCCCUUCCCCGGAUGGAUUGAAGGCAUCAGGAUGAUGGACCCAAUUAUUCUGUCUUAUGGAAAAGGCCAGCUGACAGGUUUCCUUACAGACCCAAAGACAGUCCUUGAUGUGAUCCCGGCGGACAUGGUCGUAAACGCAACUAUGGCAGCUAUGGCGAAGCAUGGGGCAGCCCAGAAACCUGAGUUGCAUGUCUACCAGGUUGCUUCAUCUGUCGUAAACCCACUAAGUUAUCAAGACCUGGUCAGACUUUUCUACGAUUACUUCACAUCGUUCCCUUGUAAGGACUCAAAGGGGAGGUCAGUUCAUGUUUCCAGAAUGAAAUUGUUCAGCUCCAUGGAUGACUUCUCCUCCCACCUACAGACGGAUGUGAUUCAAAGAAGUAGAGAGGUGGUAUCCAACGGGAAGCUCUCCAAGAAAGACGAAUAUCUAUUCCAAAAACUAACCGACCAGGCAAAGCAUUUGGCCAACAUAUAUGAGCCAUACACUUUCUAUGGGGGAAGGUUUGAUAACACCAACACUGAGAUGUUGAUGGAGGACAUGUCUGAAGAAGAAAGGAGGAGCUUUGGGUUUGAUGCAAAGAGCAUUGAUUGGAAAGAAUACUUCUCUAAAAUCCAUAUUCCGGGUCUAAGGAGACAUGUCAUGAAGGGAAGAGGAAU